AUGAAAGUAAACACAACAUAAAAUAUAUAAAUUACUGUUUCUUUAAAGUCUGAUCCUACUAUUACUGAAUAAAUAGUAUUCCCAAUAUAGGUUCUUUCUGAUGUUCAUUCGGUUUAAAUUUUAGGAGGAAAUAGAUAAUAAUAAUUUUCUUAAAGUUUUAAUCUCGAAGGAAAAGUAGAUGAUCCUAAUUUAUCCCCUAAUGAAAAAAUUUCAUUAAAAGAAACUAAUUAUGGAAUAAAUAUAAAAUGGUAAUGUAUAAAUAUGAUUAUUGGUGAUGAUUGUAGAGAUUCAUAAAAUAAUUUAAUUAUUUCUGAUGUAACAUAAAAUCUAUAAAUUACCAUAUAAUAAAAAACAUUAUAACCUUUUUAACAAUAUUAAUUUAUACUUUCAGGAACAAAAGAUGGAAUAACUGUUUUUGAUUAAAUUAUAAUAUCUAUAAUUGAUAAUGAUUUUCCUUCUGUUUAGUCUAAUAUUUCUAUCAACAACUCUUAAAAUAGAAUUAAUUUAAAUUAAGAAAUAUUUAUUUAAUUUUAUUCUGAAGAGGUUACUAAUGUUGAUAACUUAAUAAUUACAGGAGUUAUUUUUUAUCAGAAUUAACAAAAGAAUAUAAUAACAUUAGGUUAUAAUUAAUUUAUAUUUUAAGUUUGGGAAUUAUUCUUUGACUUUUUAGAUUAAAAGUAAAAUGAAUUUGAAUUAAAAUUUUCAAUUAGAAACAUAAAUUAUAUAGUACCUACAUUAAUAUCUUAUACUUUAUAUGCUAACAUACCUCCUUAAUAGUGUAUUUUUGAUUAAACUACAGAUUAUAAAGUUAGAAAUCUUUAAGACAAAAUAACUCUUUAAAUAAAUGAAUGUAAUGAUGCUAAUUAACCUCUAUCUUAUUCUUUCUAUUUUUAUAAAAAUUAAGAAUAAUAUGAUAAUGAAAUAUUGAAUGCUUAAUAACAUAUUAAUAGAAAUUUAUUAUCUGAUUUCUCUCUAAAAAAUAAUAUUGAAACUGUUCUUCCUUUUGGUGUUUCUUUAAUUAUGGGGGUAAUAUAAGAUUCAAAAGGAGGAAUAAGAAAUAUAACUUAAUAAAUUACAGUAAGCUAAUAUGAUUAAGACAGUUCUUCAUAUUAUAAAUUUAUUAAUAGUUGGUUUGUAUAAACUAAAUAAAAAUAAUAAAAUGAAAAUAAAGUAAUUUAAUAUAAUAUGAUUAUUUAAGAUAUUAUUAAUCAUAAAAAUAUUCUUUAAUUAGAUUCAAAUACUUAAUUUAUAUAAUUAUAUAUUAAUAUUUUAAACGAGAUUCAGUAUUAGUAAACUUUUUUUAUUAAUUAAAUGACUCUUUUAAAUAUUUUUUAUAGACAUAACUAACAUUAAAUCAAAUAUUUAAUAAAUUUCUCAAUUAAAUGGCAUCUACAUUAAGAUUUAAUAGAAUUCAGCAAUUUAUUAAAUUUAUUUAAUAAAUAAUAAUCGAUUAAUAAAUAUUUAUUAAGAAAGUAGUAAUUUCUGACGCAACAUAAUAUAUUAAUUAUUUUUAAUCGACUCAAGUUCUUAUAUUAUAAGCACAAUUAAU